GGGGUUUUCUGCAUGGCUCGCUAACUGUCCUCCAGCCCAAGACCCAGUCUCCGUCUCAGUCGCAGUCGCAGUCUCAGUCUCGACCCCAGCCUCAGACUCAGCCGAAGGAGGAGGCCCCUCCCACCGACCUCGCUUCAAUGACCGACCUCAUCGACCAGAACACAUUCGACCAGAUCCUCGAGAUGGACGACGACGACGACGACCGGGAGUUCAGCAAGGGUAUCGUUUUUGGCUUCUUCGACCAGGCAGAAAGCACUUUUGAGAAGAUGGAGAAAGCCCUAGAGGAAAAGAAACUGGCAGAACUGUCGUCACUCGGUCACUUCCUGAAAGGAUCGUCGGCCACUCUGGGCUUGAUCAAGGUCAAGGACGCAUGUGAGAAGAUCCAGCACUUCGGUGCCGGCAAGGACGAAACGGGCUCCACCGACGAGCCGGACGAGAAGGUCUCGCUGAAGAACAUCGAGAAGACCCUCACCCAGGCCAAGAAGGAUUACAAGGAAGUAGAGAAAUUCCUCCGCAGAUAUUUCGGGGAGUCCUAAGUUUGUCUGUCGAUGUCUUUUUUUUUUCUUCCUUGAUUUGAUCUCUUUUCCGAUUCCAAUCUCAUUUUUCUUUUCUUUUUCACUUUUCUUCCUCUCCUUCCCGUCGCUUUUGGGUUGUUGAACAUAUGGAGAAUUAGAAACGAUGAUAUUUGUCUCUCUGAAACUGAAUAUACCAUGUGCUUUCUUCUUCCUCUUUCCUUCAUGAGCCCACCCGACAACUCAGAAC